AUUUUCACCUUGGAAUUAACCCUGUGGGUCGGGAACACGUGCAUGAACCUCUUCCCUCACCGUUAAAUUCCUUUUAUAUCUCAAUCUUUGUUCAGAAUUAUUUUAGAGCCCCCCACAAAGUAGAGUCGCGUCCUUUCUCUUCAUCUGGAUUGAGCAGCUACGAAAGAUCUACCACUAAUUUCCCUUCUUUGAUCCUCUCAAUCAAGUAACUCUCAAAUUAUUUUCUACUGUUUUUGGGUUUUUUUAACCCUCUGUUCAUUCAGUCAUUUGUUAAUUCCUUAAUUUUCCAUAUAUGAUUAUCAGUGGAUUUGGAUGAGGGUGCGGAAGCCAUAGAGAGGUUCACAAGAGGUGAGAUAUUGGCAGUCCCAUGUGAAGCAGAUUUGAUUGUAGAACCACAUGAAGGUAUGGAGUUUGAGUCUGAAGACGCUGCCAAGAUAUUUUAUGAUGAAUAUGCACGGCGAGUAGGCUUUGUCAUGCGCGUGAUGUCUUGUCGUCGAUCUGAAAGAGAUGGGAGGAUUCUUGCUCGUCGACUUGGAUGUAAUAAGGAGGGUUAUUGUGUUAGUAUUCGGGGUAAAUUUGGCCCUGUUAGAAAGCCGCGGCCAAGCACUAGGGAAGGCUGCAAGGCUAUGAUUCAUAUUAAGUUCAAUAAAUCUGGAAAAUGGGUGAUAACGAGAUUCAUAAAGGAGCAUAAUCAUCCGCUUGUAGUUGCUCCACGCGAGGCUCGUCAAACAAUGGAUGAAAAGGACAAGAAAAUUCAAGAACUAACUGUUGAACUUCGGAACAAGAAAAGACUAUGUGCAGCAUAUCAAGAACAGCUGACUGCAUUUAUGAAAAUUGUUGAAGAGCACAGUAACCAACUAUCGAAGAAAGUCCAAAAUGUUGUAAACAACUUGAAGGAAUAUGAGUCAAUAGAGCCACAGCUAUUGCAACAGAGAUAAUCUCAAAAUGUUGGUCUAGUGGAACAGAGUAAAAGUAGGUUUCAAGUGCAAAUACAUGGAUGAGGUGAACAGCUACUUAAUAUAAAGAUAAUGAGGGUUACGGUUGCUAUUGCAAUCCGGGACUGAUGUUUCUUGUGUCGAGGAACGAACCGGCAUAUUUCUGGGUAAACGGCAUUGUUGAAUAUUUUAACGGAGGAAGAAGGCAGUAACAGGUGCGCACUUCCUUUCAUGGUCUACUCUGAAUACAAAUAAUUUCUUUUGGAACUUUGAAGGAUGUUUUGGCUGCCAUUGCUGCAAUGGUUUAAAACCUGAAUUUUCUUUGGUACAUAUUCUCCCUUCGCAUCCUGGUUGUGCUUUAAUCAUGUAAAAUAAUGUAAAUGAUGCAUUGACCUUUUUAUUUGUAUAGUUGUUUACCCAUAAAUGCAGAAUCUCAGCAGGUUUAAUUUGUUA